AUGGAACAGAAACUCCGGAAGCUUGAAGAAACCUUGGCAACAUAUGCGAACAACCCUAGUCCCAACUUGAACGCCCCCGACGAAAGCGAACAAACGUCGGACGGUACGCUGUCUGCUACCGAGACACUCGAAGAUGACGAGAGUACCUUCAGCGAGAAAUCCCGUCGCCUGAGGAUUGUCAUAGAUCUGGAAUCGAGCCAAAGGGCUCCUGCUCCGAGCCAUUAUCUUCACUUAACUGCCUCCACACAACCAAGAACCCAUCACGAUAUUAUUUCCCGUGGAGUCAUAAGCAUUGAGAAUGCACACAUAUAUUUUGAUGACUAUCACAACCAGCUGGACCACUUCGUGUAUAGUAUUCUGGGAGACCAUGGAUCUAUGGCGCUAGAGGAUAUUCGCGAUGUUUCGCCGUUUCUGAUGACUGCGAUCUGUGCUGUUGGCGCUCUGCAUUUAGCAUCUCCCGAUUUUGACGAGCUUUAUCGAGAAUGUGUGGCUUUAAGCGCUUCGCUGAGCUUUGUUAAGAAUACGGUAGAAGACGUCCAAGCCCUCUUAAUCGCUGCCUUCUGGAUGAGCGAUUUAUCCUGGACAUGGGUCGGGCUUGCGGUACGAAUAGCCACGGAGCUCCAAUUGCACAGAAGCUUUCCGAGAGCAAUUCUUGGUGAUCGAGAACAAUAUUCAAACACACGUUUAUACUAUCUGGUAUAUGUAUGUGACCACCACUUCUCUAUACCAUAUGGCAGGCCGCCAACCACUCGAGAAUGUGAAGCUGUGCGGGAUGCACGGAUGUUCUUGGACUGUGAGCAUGCUACAGAGGAUGACGCGCGGUUAAUAAGCCAAGUCUUCUGCUGGAGUAUUUGCUCCAGCAUCUAUGACGCGUUCGGUGCGGAUGUCGACCGACCUCUCUCUGAGGCACAGAUUUCCGAUGUGCGACGGUUCAGCAUUUCCUUGGACUCCCUUCGUGCUGAGUGGGCAGAUAUAUUUGGCCCCAACGCCCAUGUUGGUAACUAUCCGCGCAAAGGUGUCGGUGUACGGUACCAUUUCGCCAAACUGUACCUCUGUUCGCAUGCUCUUCGAGGGGCUAGGUCUGUUCAGGCUAGGUCUCGAUCGCCCGAUGUUGUCGCAGACCUGGAUGAGAUUGCCAAUUCCGCCGUCCUUUCCGCUCUUUCUAUCCUGCGUGCUGUGAUUUUGGACUCAGAGAUGCAAUCAUAUCUCAGCGGCUUGCCGGCUUAUUUCCAUAUCAUGAUUGCCUUUGCAGCUGUGUUCUUGCUCAAAGUCUCCACUCGUGUCUCUUCUUCCAUUAUGCUCGAUAUUCCGGAAGUCAAACUUCUGAUGAACUCGCUGGUGGUGAUUAUGAAAAAUGUGACAGCAACUAUGCAUUCACGGCACAUACUAGUAACUAUCACGAAAGCGGUAGAGGAACUUCUACAACGAAGUAGAAUGGCACCUGAGCAAGCUGCAGUGAUGUCUACCACGACAGGAAUGAAGCCUCGGGAUGCCAUAACCGAUGCAGGAGAGCUACAUGGAGAAAUACCUACAGCAGGUGACGAAAUGUUUGGUGAGCUUUUCAUAAAUGAGUAUGAUCUACUUCUAGGUCUACAUCAUGGAUGGCUUCCCUAG